AUGAAGUCCAACCCAAAGUGGUCCGAGCUCAGACCCGAACAACAUCUGGCCUUCAAUGCUUACAGUACUCUACGAACAACCCAGGUCUACACACCCCGUCCUGGAAGGACGACACAACACGGCCCCGACUACAACCGCCUGUCUGGAACGCUCGUCAACACCACCACCAUGUUCUCCGCCCUCUCCUCCCUCCAACCCCGCCAACUCGCCGCCCAAGUCCUCAACUUCGCCCUCGUCCUCAGCACCGCCUUCAUGCUCUGGAAAGGCCUCUCCGUCUUCACCGCCUCCUCCUCGCCCAUCGUCGUCGUGCUCUCCGGUUCCAUGGAGCCGGCGUUCGAAAGGGGGGAUCUGUUGUUCUUGUGGAAUAGAGGCAUGAACACCCAGGUGGGGGAGAUUGUGGUGUAUAAUGUAAGAGGAAAGGAUAUACCGAUUGUGCAUAGGGUUAUUAGGCGGUUUGGUGGGGGGGAUGCGCCGUUGCAGUUACUGACGAAGGGGGACAACAACGCGGCGGACGACACGGAGCUGUACGCUCGCGGGCAGAGUUAUUUGGAAAGGGAGAAGGAUGUCGUGGGGAGUGUGGUCGGUUUCGUGCCCUUUGUGGGCUACGUGACGAUUUUGCUCAGCGAGUAUCCGUGGUUGAAGACGGCGAUGUUGGGGUUUAUGGCGUUGACGGUUGUUCUACAACGGGAAUGA